GUCCUUCAAAGCCAAACAAAUGCCACCCAAAAUCUUCUCUUUCUUAAUAAAAGUCUCUCUCUCUCUCUCUCUCUCUCUCCUAUCGUUCUCAUAGAUCACCAAUAUGCACGAACCCAAAUUCAAAAAUUCACGUUGAAUUCGGUGGUGUUAUCCAUUUACAUCACCUCCUUGGUGGAGUUGUUGUUGAUUUGUCUCUUCUCUUGUGCUUACGUUCCCUUGAAAACUCCAGUCAAAAGGAGGAGGAAGAAGAAGAAAGGGUCGAUAUUUACAAAAACCCCCCAUCUUUGAAUUUUCGCCAUGUCGACCGCAAUGGGGACUCCCUUCUUCCAUGAGUUGAAGAAGCAAGCCUCUUUUUUCUUCAGAGAGAAGAUCAAGACGGCGAGGCUGGCUCUGACCGACGUCACGCCUGCAGAAUUAUUGACAGAAGAGGCGACGAACGGGAAUCCAUGGGCGCCAGAUGCGAGGACUAUGGCAUUUAUAUCGAGGGCAGCCUUUGAGAUUGAUGACUACUGGAGAAUCACCGAGAUUCUGCAUAAAAGGUUGUCAAAAUUCGAUAGGAAGUAUUGGAGAGAGCCUUACCAGGCACUUGUGAUCCUCGAGCAUCUGAUGACUCAUGGACCCGAAAGCACUGCAGAGGAGUUUCAAUGCGAUAGAGAAGUUAUCGAGGAAAUGGGAAGUUUUCAGUAUAUUGAUGAAAGAGGGUUUAAUUGGGGAUUGACUGUAAGAAAGAAAUCAGAGAGGGUACUGAAAUUGCUAGAGAAAGGGCCACUGCUUAAAGAAGAGAGGGACAGGGCUCGCAAAGUUGCUCGAGGCAUUGAAGGAUUUGGGAGUUUUAGUCAUAGAUGGGUGUCUGAUAAAAGUGGGAUCGAAAAGGGCUCAGAUUUGUUCAGGAAGUGGAAUUCCCAUUAUGAAGCUGACGCUGACGAAGAGCAAGAUGACGAGGUUGAAGAUAUUAAUAAGAACAAAAUACAAGAGAAGGGUAUUUCACAGACUCCAGAUCGAAGACUGCAAGUAGACGCCGUGUCUGCUGUUGGGCUACUUUCGUGUGUACUGAAAUUAUGUGAUGUAGUAGUAAUUGUUCUGUUGGUGAAUGUGGAGUUUCGUGUGAGAUUUAAAGCUUGGGAGACCUCUUCGUCGAAUUCUGUGUUUGCUUAUUCGAGGGACAUAAUGAAAGGAGAAAAACAACCCGCAGUAUGUGAAAUUAUGUCACACAUUCCAUUAACAGAGAGAGUUUAA